GACGGGGCGCGGGCAGCGGCACCAUGGCCCAGUCCGUGUGGGGCUACGACAGCGACAACGGACCCGAGCGCUGGCACGAAAAUUACCCCCUGGCCAAGGGCGACAAGCAGUCUCCCGUUGAGAUCAACAGCAAGGACGUGCAGCACGACUCCUCUCUCGCCGCCUGGCACGCCAGCUAUGACCCCGGGGCAGCCAAAACCAUCCUGAACAACGGGCGCACCUGCCGCGUCGUCUUCGACGACACUUUYGAUCGAUCAGUGCUCCGAGGGGGCCCGCUCUCMGGCGCGUACCGCCUGCGCCAGCUGCACCUGCACUGGGGCUCCCGCGACGAGCACGGCUCCGAGCAUGUCAUCGACGGCGUCAGAUACGCGGCGGAGUUGCAUAUGGUGCACUGGAAUCCAAAACACGGUAAUUUUGCYGGAGCUUUGAAACAACCUGAUGGUGUAGCUGUUGUGGGAAUUUUUCUGAAAGUUGGAAAAACUCCCAAACCAGAGAUGAAGAGAAUUCUUGAAGAAAUUGAAAACAUUAAGACCAAGGGCAAAGAGGCUCCUUUUCAGCACUUUGAUCCUUCAAUUCUUUUCCCCAAAUCUCGGGACUACUGGACUUACCACGGUUCGUUCACCACACCCCCCUGUGAGGAAUGCAUCACUUGGAUUCUCCUGAGGGAGCCGAUUGAAGUCAGCUCAGACCAGAUGGCAAAGCUCCGUAGCCUUUCCAAGAACAGUGAGAAUGAACCUGAGGCCCCUCUUGUUGACAACUGGCGCCCACCUCAGCCUCUGAAGGGCAGGAUAGUGAAAGCCUCAUUCAAGUGAAAUCUCAAAUCUCGAUGAAAUCUCAGUCUCUGCUGAGCCUGAGUGAGAAAACCCCUGCAUCCCAAAGUGUAGUUAGUUUUUGCUGUCUACUGCUUUUCCUCUGGAUCCAGGUCUCUGUUUCUCAGCUUGAAAUUCUGAGUGAUGAAAGUGAAUCUGUGUUUGAAGAGCAGGAAAAUACUGAAUGCAAAUAUUAAGCAUAAUAAGCCAAUGUGAGAUAUAAUGAUUACUGACCACAAACGCCUCAGUACUGAUGACUACCUGUCUGCCUUACCUGUCUGCCUUGUGGUCGUGUAAGAAAAAUAGGCUCAGUUUCAAUAUUUAAAUUUAAUUUCAAAGGAAAUAUAGUAAGGCAGAAAAAUGAACCAGUAGCUCAGGAAAGCAGAAGUAACAGUAGAUGAACAGGAGCAAAAUGCCUUUCUCUACACAGUGGUCUUGCUYAGACACCCCACCCUCAGAGGAAACAUGCAAAGAAUAAGUACCCUUUAACAAUACCAGAUUUUCCUUUCCCUCUCUUGUUCUUAGUUAUGCAAGAUUAGAUCAGUGUUCUGAGGGUAAAAUCAGGCAUACUCAGUUUCUGUGUGAAGAAGUAAAGAUGCUUUGCUGUCAUUUCAGCAUUUGCUGUCUUUGCCAUAUCCUGCUGCUGCCAUUGUUGACCUUUUUCUUCUUUCACUGCUGCUGUUACUUCACCCAUCCAGCACAGAGCCCUGCUGGUACCACAUUGCCUUGUAUUUAGAAUAGCAGCUUUAGUAUUGCUGAGGGAGAAGUGCCUUUCUUCUGUUGCUCUGACUAUGUUAUCUCCCAGAAUGAUGGAUUUUUGAUGCUCUGCCUGCYUUUUAUUUUUGACACCUUAAUGGUUUCACCUAUUAGGGAUUUUUUUUGCAUAUGGAAAAGGUCUUUGUGGAUGAUUCAUGUGUCAUUUGUCAUUCCCACUACUGAAAAUCCAGGCUAAGUCACCUAACUGUUUGUUUAUUUGACUCUGUAGCUGGAGAAUAUAAGGGAACUCUGUCUCUGUUCCUUUCUGGGGACACAUCAGCUCGCACAUAUGAUCCAAGCAAGGAAUCACUGUCAGACAGAAACUUCUACAUCAACUUCUUCUGUUCUUCAUCAUGUAAACUUUAUCAUUUCGGUACCAGCUAGGUUGAAUUCAAAUACAGAUCAUGUGAAUAAAGRUCUGAUACGUUAUAUGCACCACCCAGGUGAUUAUUCACUAUUGGACAUAGAGGAGAUUGGAUGGUCAAAGGAGGUGUGUAAAUCCUGCUGAACAGGAAGCCUCUGGGCUCUCUGUGUUCCUGCAACUCAUCAGUAGGUAGCAGUGGGUGUUCUUCUAGAGAUGUUGCCACAAAUAUGUUCACAGCAACAUUUAUAAGGGAUAUGUCAAAGUAUGAAAAAAGAAGGGUUGAAAAUGGCUGGRAUAGGCAUUUUCCAGUUCUCCUUAACUAUUUCACCUUCCACCUUUACUAGAAAAAUUGUGCUCCAACAGGAAAGUAAUGAACGGGAAACACCGGACAAAUUCUGCUGUUAUUACCAGCACAAUUCAGUGAGAAUUCAGAAAUGAAACUAAUGGCAGAUUUUGAUCCUUUUUAUUAAAUAAAAAAUACUCUAAGAACUGCUGAAUUCCCAUUGAAAGUUUAUAUUUCMAUUUAUUAGGAGUGUAUUUUGCUUAGUAUAAAGCAGUUUCUUUUUAGAAAAUUAGUUCAUGGGAGUAAAGCUAAAGUAUUGAUUGAAUCCUGUUUACAAAUGUUUCACUACUGGCUUAAUCUUGUCAGAAGAACAUUUUUUGAUAUUAUGAGUGCAGCACUUGCAAGGGUAUUGAUUUUAGGAGUCCCUUAGAUCUUCUUUAAACUCCUGAAUCUGUACAUCUUCUCAACACAUAAAAAUGUUACUACAGAAACCUCAUAAGCAACAAUUUUUUUCUACUUUACUGUGUCUUAUGUGUUAAAUUUCUUCUCAUUUCCACAUGCAGUUGAUCCUGGUGAUAAGAAAAUUCAAACACAAGUAACUGAGUCAAGAGUUUGAAUCUUUCUACCUAAAAGCCAUUGAGUGUGAUGUUUUAAUCUCUUGUUAUUGGGGCAAUAAAACAAGAUUAAUUGCCUGCACUUGAACUAACUGCUUUCAUGUCUUCAGAGAACGAAUAA